CUUACUCUGUUAUUGUUUGCGUAUAUGCAAGACGAAAAAGGAAAAUGGCUAGUCUUUAUAGCUGUAACAAACGCCCUAUUAUCUGCGCCAUUUUUCCAGCAAAGUCUGCAAAUGCAUACGCGUACAUGACUUCUUUUCAGGUCAAUUGAAGAAAAUAACAUUUCACAGCAGCGAUGAAUACAUCGUCACCUCCGCUUCCCUUUUUCGAUGCUGGCCUUUUUAAGCAGUUUAUUCAGCAAUGUAAUACAUCCAUUCAAAUUCAAGACUACCAGCAAGCUGUCCAUGAUACCACAGUUGCCAUCGACCAAAUCUUCCAGUCACAAUUACUUGCUCUUCUCGCCAUUCGCGCAAAAGCGCAAUUUUUGCAAUGUCAACACCAAGCAGCUAGCGACGAUGCCCUGAAAAUAACUCGAAUCGCACCAGAGCUAGCAACCGGAUAUCUUCAGCAAGCCCGCAUUUUCUCCGCGUUCGGUUACCAAAAACGAGCUAUUGAGGCAUACGAUCAGGGAUUACAGAACGUCGGGCCCGACCAAUCAGACGGACACCAGAAGCUUGAAGCUGAGAAGGCCGAAGCAAUUGCAAUCCAAAGGAAAGGCGUCGACUUUAUCAGAAGGCUUCCAUCUGAUUGCGCGUACGAUAUUAUUUCGCUGCUACCCUUGGACACAAAAAUGACAUGUUUACUAGUCUCCGACACAUGGCGCCAAAUUACGCUGGAAUGCAAUACGCACACAUGGAAACACUUCACGGCCCACAGCAACGACAGUCAGCUCGCCACUGCAUCAUCCCAUUUCGGCUAUCAGACCGAGCAUCUGAUUAUCGAUAUCAGCGAUACCCAAGCUUUUGCUGCCUACUUGAAUUGUUUAAGGGAUGGUCAUUUUGAAAGACUUCAUUAUCUUAAAGUAACCUCUAACGCAGCUGAUGCUAUACGACAAAAUAUCUCUUUCCUACCGAGAGCAUUUUACGGAGCAAGAAACACGCUAACAUGCCUCGAUCUUGACAUGGGUAGCAAUAAAAAUCCAGUAACAGUGGUGGAAAUCCUUUCAGCAUGCAGCAGUGUAGUUAGUUUAACGUAUACGACGUUAUCUUACACGACUUUCAAGCUUGCGAAGUACAUAUCAAGUCUGAAUAGCGAUCAUCUCCUUAGAAAUUUGGUUAUAAAGUCACCUAAACUGGAUGGCGAUGAUAUUCAGUACAUACUGCGCCGUUGCCAGCGAAUACAACGCCUUGUGCUACACGGGUGUGUACCGUCGAUUCUCGAUACAGUCGUCAAACAAGCGCCAAACUUGCAGAUUUUUGGCUACAAUCCCGGAAAACCAACACGAAACUUGCGCGACAUCGUCAGAUUCACCAACGACAAGCAGCCAGGUUUACGAGUGCUGCAAAUGGAUAAUAGAGAUAUAAAUAUGAGAGCACCAAUCUCAAGCAUUAUACCAAUCUUAUACAAGCAUCGUGCCACUUUGACAGAUCUUAGUCUCAAUGUUGCUCCAAAUCCAACAGUCAACAUUUACGGCGAAGCCGAGGAGCUCCGUACGACUUAUCCAGACUUGAGCUUCCCAAAUCUGACGACGGUCACGACGUGGUUGCUCUCUUAUGCCCAGGACUCAAUACUCGAAAUACUUCGUUAUGUACCAAAGCUUACAGUGCUGUCCGCAGUAAACAUACAUGACCUUGAAGGAUUUACUCGAAAUAUUGACAAUUUCCCUUCGCUUGUCCAGCUUCGCUUGAGCCAUAUUCGUACAGAAACAACACGUUCCGAUCUUCUUCUUGUCCUAUUCCAGCAAUUAGCAGAACGCUCCGCGACUGGACAGAAACCAUCACUGGAACAUAUCAGAUUGUUCCAGAUUGCCGACUUGGACGACGAUGUGUUUUACAUGUUAGCAGAAAUAAGAACUCUUUGCAGCUUUGAGCUACGAUGCAAGGGUAUGACCACCUACGGUAUCCGGCAUUUUAUCAGUAAAUUGGGCAACCAGCUCAGGCAUGCAAGGCUGGUUGACACGGACACGGUUACUGACGACGUCUUGGCCGAGCUCUGUGGCUCAAAAAAUUUGGAGUGGGUUUCCCUCGAAAAGCUAAACAAGGUGUCCGCAGAGGGAGUUAAUCAUCUUCUUGCAAAUAUGAAAAGUGCAAAGUUCACCACGGUGAAGGUGAAAAAUUGUCCAAAGAUCAGUGAUGUUGAUCGUGACUAUACAAAGCAAAGUUAUUAGCACAAAGAAAAAUUAAACAUUUACAAACCUGCUUGAC